UGGUUAGAUGCUCACUCGCCCACAGUUCUUGGAACUCUCUUCCCUCCACACAUAUUUUGUCUUCCCUUCCCCAACCCCCUAACCCAUCCCCACUCCCCCAAAGUCAGCAGUACCCUCCACUGCUUCCCAUCUCCAUGACAACGGUGCAGGAGCCGGGCCUGGUGUUGGGGGUAGGGACCAGACCAGACAUUCUGGUUUCCGGUGCUGGGGUGGGAGUAGGGGAGAACAUGAGGGAGGCAGACCCCAUGUGGAAGGGACCCACCUUCUUAGAGCCACCUUAGGGGAGAACCGUGAGGAUCCAGAAAUCCUCUACCCCUACCCCUGCCCCCAGAUCUUCACCUCACUUCUUAGACUCCUCCCAGCCACCCCCCAACCAAUGCUUCUGGUAGAACCACCAGUGCAGGCAAUGCCAGCCCAGCUGCCCUGCAGCGCCAGUCCUGAAACACUCCCACAGGUUAUUCACAGCAUCCCACACCCACCCAGGCCAUCACACCUGGGCAGCUGUCCCUGGGACAGCCUCCCUACCCAGCCACAUGCCCUCUUAAGAUGCCCCAAUAACUGCCAAAGGCUGUUGCUCCUAGUUGCCUAGGGUACACCCCGUGCAAGAUGCUCUGAUCUGUGACAACCCAUCUCAAUGCCCUUGCUCCCCUGGAAUGGCCAACUCCCAGCAACCCUCUGCACAUGUAGUCAGCCACACUCAGUGAAGUCACCGACUCCACCUGCUCAUGGGCACCUCCUGCCGCCCCAGGCUCACCACACCUCCAUCUCCCCUUUACUACAGCUCAGCCUCAGCCUCCCUCAGGGUGAGGGGCCAGGCCAAGGCCAGGAGGGCGGGAUGCCGGUGGGUUGGUCCACCUGUCUGUCCUCAGCUAAUUUUAGCUGCAUUUUCUGUGACCUGACAAAGUGGGCCAGUAGCUCCCGCGGUGAUUCUGCGGUUUCUGGGACACGGCCACACUAGGUCAGCGGCAAAGUGGGGCGCAGGGGGGGCAGGGGCUGCUAGCAGGGCCAAGGGCAUGGAAGGAGACAGGUGCCGGGAGCAUGGCAGGAUCGGGGGUGAUGUGCACUUGCAGAGGUGGCACAUGAGAACAGUGGGGGAAACCUGCCCUUGACCACUUGUCCAUUAAGUGGUGCCCGUGGCCUCAGAGGGGCUCUGGGCUCCUAUUCUGACAGUCACCCUUGGCCCCUGCAGCCGCCUGUGAUGCUGCCGUCCCCCGUCGCCCCGUGGCCCCACGAUGACCCACAGCCCUGCCACAAGCGAGGACGAGGAACGCCACAGUGCCAGCGAGUGUCCCGAGGGGGGCUCAGAGUCCGACAGCUCCCCAGACGGGCCAGGGCAAGGCCCUCGGGGGACCCGGGGCCAGGGCAGUGGGACACCUGGUAGCCUGGCCUCUGCCCGAGGCCUCCAGGGUCGCUCCAUGUCUGUCCCAGACGACGCCCACUUCAGCAUGAUGGUCUUCAGGAUUGGCAUCCCGGACCUGCACCAGACAAAAUGCCUGCGUUUCAACCCGGAUGCCACCAUCUGGACGGCCAAGCAGCAGGUGCUCUGUGCCCUCAGUGAGAGCUUGCAGGAUGUGCUCAACUACGGCCUGUUCCAGCCGGCCACCUCAGGCCGGGAUGCCAAUUUCCUGGAGGAGGAGAGGCUGCUGCGGGAGUACCCCCAGUCCUUUGAGAAGGGGGUACCCUACCUGGAGUUCCGAUACAAGACCCGCGUUUACAAACAGACCAACCUGGAUGAGAAGCAGCUGGCCAAGUUGCACACAAAGACGGGGUUGAAGAAGUUCCUGGAGUACGUGCAGCUUGGGACGUCAGACAAGGUGGCGCGCCUGCUGGACAAGGGGCUGGACCCCAAUUACCAUGACUCAGAUUCGGGAGAGACCCCCUUGACCCUGGCGGCCCAGACUGAAGGCUCGGUAGAGGUGAUUCGAACUCUGUGCCUGGGUGGGGCCCACAUUGACUUCCGGGCCCGGGAUGGCAUGACAGCACUGCACAAGGCCGCGUGUGCCCGGCAUUGCCUGGCUCUCACGGCACUCCUGGACCUGGGGGGCUCCCCCAACUACAAGGACCGCCGUGGGCUGACCCCUCUGUUCCAUACGGCCAUGGUGGGGGGCGACCCCCGCUGCUGUGAACUGCUCCUGUACAACAGGGCCCAGCUGGGCAUAGCUGAUGAGAACGGCUGGCAGGAAAUCCACCAGGCCUGCCAGCGGGGCCACUCUCAGCACCUGGAACACCUGCUCUUCUACGGAGCUGAGCCUGGAGCCCAGAACGCCUCGGGGAACACGGCCCUGCACAUCUGUGCUCUCUACAACAAGGAGACCUGUGCAAGGAUCCUCCUCUAUCGAGGCGCCAAUAAGGAUGUGAAAAAUAACAAUGGACAGACACCCUUCCAGGUGGCCGUCAUUGCUGGCAAUUUUGAGCUGGGGGAGUUGAUCCGCAACCAUCGGGAACAGGACGUGGUGCCCUUCCAGGAGUCCCCCAAGUAUGCAGCACGGAGACGGGGACCCCCAGGUGCAGGGCUGACGGUGCCCCCCGCGCUGCUGCGGGCCAACAGCGAUACCAGCAUGGCACUCCCUGACUGGAUGGUAUUCUCCGCCCCGGGGGCCUCGUCCUCUGGGGCCCCUGGCCCGCCCUCGGGACCCCAGAGCCAGUCUCAGCCCUCGGCCCCCAGCACCAAGCUCAGCAGUGGGACCCUCCGAAGUGCCAGCAGCCCCCGGGGCGCCCGGGCCCGCUCCCCAUCCCGAGGGAGGCACCCCGAGGAGGCCAAGAGGCAGCCCCGAGGACGACCCAGCUCCAGCGGGACGCCCCGGGAAGGGCCAGCCGGGGGCACAGGGGGCUCAGGGGGCCCUGGGGGCUCCCUGGGCAGCCGCGGGAGGCGCAGGAAGCUCUACUCAGCGGUACCUGGACGCUCCUUCAUGGCUGUCAAGUCGUACCAGGCCCAAGCUGAGGGGGAAAUCUCCCUGAGCAAGGGCGAGAAGAUCAAAGUGCUCAGCAUCGGGGAAGGAGGCUUCUGGGAAGGCCAGGUCAAAGGUCGUGUUGGCUGGUUCCCUUCUGACUGCUUGGAAGAGGUGGCAAACCGUUCCCAGGAGGGAAAGCAAGAAAGCCGCAGUGACAAAGCAAAGAGACUCUUCCGGCAUUAUACUGUGGGCUCCUACGACAGCUUUGAUGCCCCAAGCUUGAUGGAUGGGAUUGGCCCAGGGAGCGAUUACAUCAUUAAGGAGAAGACAGUUUUACUGCAGAAGAAGGACAGUGAGGGGUUUGGGUUCGUGCUCCGGGGGGCCAAGGCGCAGACCCCCAUCGAGGAGUUCACCCCCACCCCGGCCUUCCCGGCGCUGCAGUACCUGGAGUCAGUGGACGAGGGCGGCGUGGCAUGGAGGGCUGGACUUCGAAUGGGAGACUUCCUCAUCGAGGUGAAUGGGCAGAACGUGGUGAAGGUCGGCCACCGACAGGUGGUAAACAUGAUCCGCCAAGGGGGCAACACACUGAUGGUCAAGGUGGUGAUGGUCACCAGGCACCCGGACAUGGAUGAAGCUGUCCAUAAGAAAGCACCCCAGCAGGCUAAGCGGCUCCCGCCCCCAGCCAUCUCCCUUCGUUCCAAGUCUAUGACCUCAGAGCUGGAGGAAAUGGUCUCCCCUUGGAAGAAGAAGAGUGAGUACGAGCAGCAGCCUGCGCCAGUGCCCAGCAUGGAGAAAAAGCGGACCGUGUAUCAGAUGGCUCUCAACAAACUGGACGAAAUCUUGGCGGCAGCUCAACAGACCAUCAGUGCAAGCGAGAGUCCUGGGCCUGGCGGCCUGGCGUCCCUGGGCAAGCACCGGCCCAAAGGCUUCUUUGCCACCGAGACUGCCGCCCCAAAGUCGAGCUUUGAUCCCCACCACCGCUCCCAGCCAAGUUAUGAGCGUCCUUCUUUCCUGCCUCCGGGACCUGGGCUUAUGCUCCGGCAAAAAUCCAUCGGGGCUGCAGAGGAUGAUAGACCCUACCUAGCACCCCCGGCCAUGAAGUUUAGCCGCAGCCUGUCUGUGCCUGGUUCGGAGGACAUCCCCCCACCGCCCACGACGUCCCCACCAGAGCCUCCCUACAGCACACCUCCGGCCCCCUCCACCUCCGGCCGCCUUACCCCCUCCCCCCGGGGUGGCCCCUUCAACCCACCCCCAGCGGUGGCCCCCGCCCCUCCCACCCUGGACUCCACCGCAUCGAGCCUGACGUCCUACGACAGUGAGGUGGCCACACUGACCCAGGGGGCUCCUUCAGCUCCUGGAGACCCCCCUCCACCAGGCCCUCCGGCCCCAGCAGCACCGGCUCCCCCCGUCCCUCAGCCGGGUCCAGACCCUCCACCAGGCACGGAUUCUGGUAUUGAGGAGGUGGACAGUCGGAGCAGCAGUGACCACCCCCUGGAGACCAUCAGUAGCGCAUCCACGCUGAGCAGCCUGUCUGCUGAAGGUGGUGGGAGCGCAGGGGGUGGUGGAGGUGGCGGGGGUGGGGCUGGUGUGUCCAGUGGCCCCGAGCUUCUGGACACCUAUGUGGCCUACCUGGACGGCCAGGCCUUUGGGGGGAGCGGGACUCCUGGCCCACCGUACCCCCCACAGCUCAUGACUCCCUCUAAGCUCCGGAGCCGGGCACUGGGGGCCAGUGGAGGGUUGCGGCCUGGCCCCAGUGGGGGACUGAGAGACCCCGUCACCCCUACCAGCCCCACCGUCUCGGUGACAGGGGCUGGAACUGAUGGGCUGCUGGCCCUGAGUGCUUGCUCAGGACCCUCGACAGCAAGUGUAGCUGGGGGUUCAGUGGCAGUAGAGCCAGAAGUCCCACCGGUGCCCUUGCCAACGGCCUCCUCCCUGCCUCGGAAGCUGCUGCCCUGGGAGGAGGGCCCGGGCCCACCACCGCCACCCCUGCCUGGGCCUCUGACCCAGCCUCAGGCCUCAGCCUUGGCCACAGUAAAAGCCAGCAUCAUCAGUGAACUCAGCUCCAAGCUCCAACAGUUUGGGGGCUCCUCGGCAGCUGGAGGGGCUCUGCCUUGGGCCCGGGGAGGCAGCGGGGGCAGCGGGGACAGUCACCACGGGGGACCCAGCUACGUCCCCGAGAGGACCUCCUCCCUACAGCGGCAGAGGCUCUCCGACGACUCCCAGUCCUCCCUCCUCUCCAAACCAGUCAGCAGCCUGUUUCAGAACUGGCCCAAACCACCUCUGCCACCACUCCCCACUGGAACCGGCGUGCCCCCUUCAGCAGCUGCAGCCCCAGGGGCCACCUCACCCUCGGCCUCCUCCUCCUCCACGUCCACCCGCCACCUCCAGGGCGUGGAGUUCGAGAUGCGGCCCCCGCUGCUCCGGCGGGCCCCCAGCCCCUCGCUGCUGCCCACCUCGGAGCACAAGGUCAGCCCUGCGCCCAGGCCCUCGUCCUUGCCCAUCCUGCCUUCUGGACCCCUCUAUCCGGGCCUCUUUGACAUCCGUGGCUCCCCCACCGGAGGGGCAGGAGGCUCCGCUGACCCGUUUGCCCCUGUCUUCGUGCCGCCACACCCGGGGAUGUCCGGGGGCCUUGGAGGAGCUCUGUCGGGGGCCUCGCGCUCCCUCUCACCCACCCGCCUGCUUUCGCUGCCCCCGGACAAGCCGUUUGGCGCUAAACCUCUAGGGUUCUGGACCAAGUUCGAUGUGGCCGAUUGGCUCGAGUGGCUGGGCUUGGCCGAGCACCGUGCCCGGUUCCUGGACCACGAGAUCGAUGGCUCCCACCUGCCCGCCUUGACCAAGGAGGACUAUGUGGAUCUGGGUGUGACCAGGGUGGGCCACCGCAUGAACAUUGACCGGGCUCUCAAAUUCUUCCUGGAGAGGUGAUGGCUGGCCUGGACGGACCAGCCCGUCCACAGUACCCUUGAGCCUGCUGGCCUCCUGACCUCUGAACCCUGACCACCAUUCUCUCCCUGGGCCAGGGACUCUGCUGAAGCUGCGCCCUGCCCUCGUCUCCCAAGGCCUUGGGCCACCAGGUGGCCCUGUGCAGGCCGGACACUUUGCGCCCUACAGGAGGGGGAGGCUGACACAAGACUGCGUUGUGACAGGGGGCGGAGGGGGCGAUGGAAGAAAGGACACGGGGAUCCAGAAGGAGGGAAGGGUCGAUUCUGGGGGGAGGGGUCAGACAGAGCCAUAGAGGGUCAGCCCUGAGCCUGACUGGAUGGGGGCCUGACUCCCAGGCCACAGGGGAAGGGGGCACCCUCAGAUUCCACCACCUGCCGCCUCUCAGCAGCCUUCCCACCUUGCCGGCCCCAGCCCCCCUCGCCCCUCCCCUGCACACAGGCUGCCCCUCCUGCACGCGCACUCCAUUGCACGCCCACUUGCCUCUACCCGCUUCCCUGGGCUGCAGUUUUGCACAGAUUGGCCCUCUCGCUGUCUUGCACACUCGCCUUUGCGUCCAGGCUCCGGGGGCCCCCUCAGCUGUCAGACACGCUGUUUUCCUGGCACACGUUGCGUUUCGCUCCCUCCUCCGCUCUGCGCCCCCCCGCUCUGACUCUGCUCACACUCUUCCGCUGGGACCCUCUUGUGCACACCUCACUUCCUACAGCCUCAGACCCCUCAGCCUCUCUGAACCCAUGAUGCAGACACACGUGGGACACACCUUCCCUGCCCAUCCCGACCCCACACCCCCGCCCCCGCUCCCUGGGAGCCUUCUCUGCUCAGUCCUUGCGUCUGUCCGACUGUCCGUCUGUCAGUGCUCUGUCCUCUCUCGUGCAGCCCUCCGCACACAGUUACCUCCAUUUGCUUACGUCGAAGCACUUUCUCUUCUUUAUCAUGAGCCCCCAGAUUCUUACUCUACCCACCUCUUCCUCCUAGUGGCACUCUCACCCCUCCCCUGCCACUUUCUCCCUCAACCUCUUGCACUGUCACUUUUGCACACUUGCUUCACAGAACUGUCUCUCUCACAAAUGCUCACUCCCCUCCUCGUUGCCAGGUCCCAUUUCCCUGCACCCCUCUUCUUCAGACCCUUGUCCACCUCCACUCUUGACUCUCACACACCCUCUUGCACACUCGAGGUCACAUGCACCCUCCCCUGCGUUCUCACUGUUCCCCGGGAGCCUCUUCCUUCUGUGAUGCUUUGCACCCGGGGACCUGCUGCACCCCUCUGCCUUUCCGCUAAUGCAGCUCCCAGGAGAGCGUGCACUGCCCCCUCUUUCUGUUUGCACACCCAUCUCCCUCGCUUCUGGGCUGCACUGCCCCUCCCUCUCCUGACACCCUUCUUUUCUGCUCCUGCCCAGGCACAACUCUGUGGCUGUUCUCAUGCUCUGCGCCCCUCCUGCUCUCCUCACUCCCUGGAGAAAGGCCGGUGCUUGCCUGCUCCUGCUCACCAGGCUUCUCACCCCUCCUCUGCCGCCAGCUCCCCUUCUCUUCCAGCUCUCUCCCCUUACUCUCCCUGCCCUUCCUGGGCCACCUGUCUCUCCGUUUUGCACGAGGACCCCACUCUCCUCCUACUCUCCUCUUCUCUCCUUUCUCUCCCCCUUCUCCCUCCAGCAUGGCUGCUCCGUCCCGCACGCUUCCCCUU